GAAGGUUUGAACUGUGAGUUACCAUCUGGCUAUUCACGUCAUUACUACAGUGCAGUUUUUGUUUUAUGGACGGACAUGACGUCAACAUCUGACCAAAGUUUGCUGAGUGAGUCGUGACCAAGAGAAAAUCUGCUACUGCUGGGGAGAAGCAUAUAUGAACAUUGACGAACAUAAAACCGGUACCAAAGGAAGUGGUCUAUCAUGACUAUCAUGAAUGUCAGAGCUUGUAUGAGAAGGGAGUACAUCGCCAUCUUCCUUUUUCUGGCUGUGGCUGUCCUAAUAUUUAUGCUACGCAACAUGGAGGUCCUGAAGCAUGAAGUCAUUACAAGCACUAUUAGUGUUCUGAGUGAUUCCACUGAGCAUGCCAAGCAUCACAGCUUCUGCACCUUCCAGCCACAAUCACCUGAGGAUGCUCUGGAGGAACGCCUCCUACUAGACUCCAUUGCUUGGCCUGAAGCUCCGCCUCUGUCAGCUCCUCUUUCCCUGGAUCAGACCAGUGAUCCAGCUCACAGCUCCUUCACCAUUCUCCCAGGGAGGGGAGGAGGACAGUGGCAUGUAGGGGAUCAGCUGGAGGUUCUGAUCAAAAUGUCUGACUUCCAGGGCCGUCCCAAGAAGUUUGGGGGAGACUUCUUACUCGCCCAGCUGCGCAAUCAGGAGCUUGGUGCAGGUGUGGCUGGGCAGGUGGUGGAUCAUCUCAAUGGCAGCUACUCUGCUGUUUUCUCUUUACUCUGGGAAGGAGACGCACAGGUUCAGGUGAUGCUGGUUCACCCUAGUGAGGCUAUCCAAGUGCUGAGCUGGCUGGACAGUGAACAGCCUGACAGAGUUGACUUCCAGAGUGUCUUCCGCUCAGGCUCACUCUCUGAAACUACCAUCUGUAACGUCUGCCUACGUCCAACACAGCAGCCGCUGUGCAACUUCACUGACCUCCUUACAGGCGAACCUUGGUUCUGUUACAAGCCAAAGAAACUGAGCUGUGAGGCCAGGAUAAGCCAUGCCAGGGCAGGAUUCAAAGAAAACCUCAAGGCCAACGACAAGAAGCUUUUACAAAGUGGUGUCAACAUGAAAGUCUACAUUCCUGCUUCAGGACCUGCCAGUGUCCCCGUGUUGCCAAAAAAUGAAGGUCAACCUGAGGUGAAGAGCAGCAUUGUGAAGUCUGGACCCUCUGGCUAUUACUACCAGGGUGCGUGGCGAGCACUAGAUGGCACCACAGUUCACCAAUUCAACACCGCCUCUGCCAUCAGUCAGUGCCUGAAAGGCAAAGUGGUCCACAUGUAUGGAGACUCCACCAUCAGGCAGUGGUUUGAAUUUCUCAACGCAGCACUACCAGAUCUUAAGGGGUUUGAUCUGCACAGCCCAAAGGGAGUUGGACCUUACAUGUCCUUAGACUACGCAAACAACAUAUUGGUGACGUUUCGCUGUCAUGGUAAUCCGAUCCGCUUCACCCCAUUCCCAACCACUGAGCUUCGUUAUAUUGCCAAUGAACUUGAUGGCAUAAUAGGAGGCACCAACACCAUCAUCGUUCUUGGCAUCUGGGCUCAUUUUGGCAGUUUCCCUGUGGAGAUCUACAUCCGGCGGCUGCAAAACAUCCGCAGAGCAGUGGUGCGGCUGCUGGACAGGUCUCCGGGUACACUGGUCAUCAUCAGGACCGCGAACCCCAGAGCUUUGGGGCUUUUUGAGGCUCUAACCAACAGUGACUGGUACACAUUGCAGCGUGAUCAGGUGCUCAGAGCCAUGUUCAAAGGACUGAAUGUUCAUCUCAUUGAUUCCUGGGAGAUGGUCUUGGCUCACAACCUACCUCAUAUGAUCCACCCAGAACCUCCCAUUAUUAAAAAUAUGAUUGGCAUUCUCUUGUCUUAUAUAUGCCCUGAAAAAGGUCGCUAGAUGUGUUUGGUGAGGAAGAGUGGGGAUUCCAGACCACGCUGAGUGUAGGAGCCGCAUUUAAGUUUCUUUAAUGAUUUUUGAUUUGUGCUUGAUUAUGUGUUCCCUGGCUUGAGCGAGUGUUAUGGCGAAUCAACACAUGGCUCAUUUGAAUAUUCAAAUUAGCCAUGUGUUGAUUCGCCAUAACACCUGUGUUAAUGUCAGCAAGGAAAACAAAACAAAACAUGUCUAUUGUCUUCUCAGGCGCUUAUAGCAGAAACAUAGUUAGAAUAGUAAUACACUGGGUAAAUAUCCAUCUCACCUUCUUCUCCUUGUGCACGAUGUCCAUGUGCCGAAGCUCUGCUGAGCUUGAUACCGCGGCACAGAAGUCCAGACCGGACCAGCAGCUGGUUGUUGCGGCUGCUGCGGCCGCGAGAUGGAAGAAGCGACACAAGUAGACUCUCCACCAUGUCGGCACCUGAGGCAACCUGUGACUGUUGCCCGGUUGCAUUAGACAAUGUUCGAAUUGUCUCUGCCGAUGCCAAAAUGUUGUUCAGUAAAGCAGCAGCGUCUGUUAAAUUACCGGAGAGCUCCCGGGAUGACAUGUGGGCUCCAAAGCUGUUCCACUUCCUCUUCGGAGCCGCCUUCCUUUUACACUGAAACGCCUUCCAGUUACACUGAAAAGCCUUCCGAUUACACUGAAAUCUCAGUAGUAUUUAUGAGAGCGUUUCAAUAAUGUGUGUGAUAGCUGUUAGAGCGUAAAGCUUUUACAGCUUCUACCGCUCACCCGGGUUCUUUCUUCUAAACUUGGUUUUACAAAACACUCAGGACAAAUGAAUAAAGUCAACCAUUUAUUGAAAGAAUCAUAGCCAUAUGCAAUGCUCAGCGCUGGACUCUACAAACUCCCUUAAAGUUACACUUAUUCUUCUCGGAUUUUGGCGAAAUCCCGUACAAUGGGUGGGCUCUUUAACGCAAUUGGUCAAUUUGUUUGUGAUAUGCAUUGGUUACCACCCAUUAACCAAGCAUCUGGAGAUUGAACAUCUCAAUGACCUUUCAAACUUUGUAUGUUUUGUUGUCUGCUGAAGCUUUCACAUCCUGUCCUUGCUUAUUCUGCUUCUCCACCUGCAUACCUUCCCUGAACUCUGACCUCUCCUAUCCCUUAAUGACCCAGUCCUGUCAGUGAAUAACCCAGGUCAUAAUUAUAAGUCUCAGGCAACCUGAGUAUAUUCCCCCGCUCCCACAUAGCACAACAUUUCAGUUGUAUGUAUAAAGCAUUUCACAUGUAUGUAUGAAAGCAUUUCACUUGUAUGCAUAAAAGCUUUUCAGUAGUGUGUGUGAGACAGCAUAACAUUUCAGUAGUGUUUGUGAAUGCAUUUCACCUGUAUGUGUGUGAGGUUUUUACUAUAGUGUGUGAAUGUGUUUUGUUUUAUAUGUGUGUGUGAAUGGUAAUUCUGAAUUAUGGCCUAUACGGCCCCUCAUAGUUGCGCAUCUGCACGCAUCAAGAUCAGGAAAGGCUUCACAUUUAACAAGGAGAAUGAACAUUGUAAACAAUCUGCUAAUUGGUAAAGAAUACCUUGACGAGGUUAAAGGAAACAGCUACUACAGCCAAAAUUAACUAUCUUAAAGGAGCUGAAACGGCCAUGCUUAACCCUGUUCAACCUAUUGCAGCUCCAGCUGUAGUUCAUAAGCUGGACUUUAGUGCAUCAGCAGCUGCCCAGGUGCAGCUGGAUGAGAAGCCACUAUGUUCACUCCCUGAUGAAAGCGCUCCAGUGGUUAGAGGCAGAGCAGGGGCUACCUUUUAGUCCCCCUUUUUUUAUUUUGAUGAAGAGCAAUACCAAAGUCACCGUUAUUCAACCUGAAGAUAGGAGUCAUGUACAGCAGUAGUUCUCAACCUUUUUGAGUCGCGACCCCCAAUUUAACAUGCAUGUUGUCCGCGACCCCGCUCACUGAACACAAUCUCACAUGCUCAGUUCAGAUCACCCUAAAAUGAAACAAAAUGACCCAAAAAAGAAACAAAAUGACCAAAAAAAGUAAACAAAAUGACCAAGAAAGACACAAAUUGACCACAAAAUGAUCAAAAAAGACACACAAAAUGACUAAAAAAAAGACACAAAUUGACCACAAAAUGAUAAAAAAAAAAGACACAAAAUGACCUUAAAAGACACAAGAUGAACAAAAAAAGACAUUAAGUGACCAAAAAGACUAAAACAAAUGAUUUGGCGACCCCCAGAAAUCAUCUCGCGACCCCAAUUGGGGUCCCGACCCCAAGGUUGAGAAUAGCUGAUGUACAGCAAUGGCCAUGCCCAACCUCAGUGCCCCCUGUUACAGACAGACAGGUAGGCAGGCGUACACCUUCCUGGAUCCUGGCUCCACUGCAACUUUCUGUUCCAAAUCCCUCAUGUCUAAGCUCAACCUGAAAGGUAAAAAGACACACAUUCUCUUAAGCACGGAAGAACUGAAACAGCCCCAAGGAAAAGUGUGGUUCAUCCCACACCACAGGGUGUAUCAUCCAAAAAAAGAGGAAACUUAGAGUGGUUUUGACUGUUCAGCCACUUAUUUAAGGCAUAUCCCUUAACACAGUGUAGCUACAGGGCCCUGACCUGACAAAUUCUCUCGUUGGAGUUAUAAUGAGGUUUUGCAAAGAGCCCAUUGGAAUCAUGGCUGACAUCAAAUCCAUGUAUCACCAGGUCAGGGUGGACAAAGCUCAUGUGAUUUACCUGCGUUUCUUGUGGUGGUCACAAGGUGAUACCAGUAAAGCCCCUGAAGAGUAUCGCAUGCUGGUUCACAUUUUUGAUGCAGUGUCCUCCCGAGCUGCGCAAGUUUUGCAUUGAGAAAAAAACAGCUGAAGAAAAUAGGAGCUGCUUUCCUCCUCAAGUGGCUGACACUGUCCACCAGUGACACUGUCCACCGGUGCUCGUUGACCUAGCGGGCCGCCACUGUCAUGGUGGUACAAGAAGUAGGCGGCGACCUACUUGAUAUUCAAGACACAAGGCCUUGUGAGAAUUCACUAGGGCCUUAACUCUGAUAACACCAUGAUUGAGGGGAACAUGUAGAUCAGGGGGCUCUGUCCUGAUGUGAUGUAUAGGGCAGGAAGAUAGGGCCGCAUUGAGUCUUGCUGAAAAGUCAAUGCUGAAAAGUGCAACAGUCAUAAGUCGAGCUGUCAUAAGUGUACGGGACUUUUUUGUACUGUAAAAUAGCCAUUCGGAAUUGUGCAGUGUAUGGAAUACAAAUGUGCUCAUAAAACUUGCUGAACAGAGUAUUGAGUGCUUUGUGUUUGGCCAGCUCACCCAUUAACUUAGUGCAGUUGUCAAAAUUGCCACGACACACUAAAUAUACAACAUCAAUAAAGAUUUGUCAUAUUUUACUGAAUUUUAAUCAAUUCAAUUUUAUUAAUAUUUAAUAAAAGGACAUGGAGACUAAUGUAAGUUUACGUUUUAAAGUAUCAAUAUUUCUAAUGCUCCUCAGAUCCUCUGACAGGCUGUUCCAGCGUUUUAGAGCAUAGUUGCUGAAAGCUGAAUCACCAGGGGCCUCAUGUAUCAAUGCUGCUUACGCACAAAAACAUUGCGUACGCUGUUUUUCCCGCACAUGCCACAUGUAUGAAAAGUGAACUUCCCGUGAGAAUGGCCCUCAUUUAUCAAACAAGCGUAUGACAGAAAGUGAGCGUAAAGUGGGCGUAAGAUAAUUUCUACGCAAGGUUCUGCAUUUAUCAAUUUGGACGUGAGCGGAAGGUACGAUCAGAUCUCACAUCUGCUCUCAGCUCGUGUACGCAAAUUUUAGCCAGCGUGAAGUCCACACGUCUGAGUCAGAGAAUUGAUCUUAGACAAUUGCCUGGAGCUGAUCAAACUUUGCAGUGUUUUCAUUUUUAAUGGUGACAAAGCAUAACAUGUUUAGUUUUAUCAUUAAAACAUAAUUUAAAAUAAAUACAUACAAUAUACUGCGACCGUGAAAUCAGAAUCAGAAUACCAGCCAAGGAUAAAAAAAAAAGUGCAGCCACAGUAUUGUAAAAUGAAAAAGGCAUUUAAAUAGAACAGUAUAAAAAAAAUAGUCCAACAGCAACUUAAAUCAUUUAAAAAAAACAUAUAGUGCAACACCAACCUAUAAAGUAAACAUUCAAAAAACACAAAUCAAAAGAGCAGAAGCUGCACAGUAAA